AUCAAGUUGACAUUAGUGUAAUAGUGUCUCUUCUAAUUUCAUUGAAUGAUCAUUUAUAAAUCUUCCACUUACCAGAUUUCAAGCCAAUAAAAGUCCCCCUUGUUGGGUCCUAAAUCUAAGAAAAAAAUGGCCAUCCACAACACCAUCUUCUUCUCUCUUUCUUCUCUCCUCUUCACAUUCCUCCAAAUCCAAACCAAAGUCUUCUCUCUCCAAUACAAAGUUGGAGAUCUAAAUGCCUGGAGCUUACCCUCCUCAUCAAACCCUCAAAUCUACACCAAAUGGUCCAAACUUCACAACUUCACCCUUGGAGACUCACUUUUGUUUCUAUAUCCACCAAGUCAAGAUUCAUUGAUUCAAGUGACACAAGAGUCCUACAAAAGCUGCAACACUAAAGAUCCAAUAUUGUUUAUGAACAAUGGUAACUCUUUGUUUAACAUAACAUCAUCACAUGGUGAUUUUUAUUUCACAAGUGGAGUCAAUGGUCAUUGCCAAAAGAAUCAGAAGAUUCAUAUAUCUGUUGGUGGAACUGGAAAUGUUGAUGUAGAAGCUAGUAGUCCUAAUUCAUUGCCUGCAAAUGCAAAUGCACCUUCUUAUCAAGCAGCUUUUGGGAACAUUCCAGUAGCUCCUUCUUCAUCAAAUUCACAUCACAUAGCUUCAAAUUUUCAUGUCUUUGUUAUUGGAUUUGGAUCUGUCAUAUAUGCAAUGUUCUUUGGUUUAAUGUAAUGUAUUAUUUUAAUAUAUUAAUUUUGUUUACUUUGGAUUCUUUUUGUCAUUGAUUUGGAUCUGUAUGGUGAUUAAAUUGAAAUGUAAAACAUUUAUUAUAUAAUAAUUGAAAUAUUCUUCCCCUCUUUGUUACCCAAUA